AUGAGCUACCAGGCUCUGGGUCAUGGGCGUCUUGGGUCCCGCCCAUGCCUCUCUCAGCACAUCCAACGGGCCCCUCACCUGUCGGCCAUAGAGCAGUUGAAACGGCACAACCAGCUGCUCUGCCCUGCCCUCUCCUGGCUGAUGGUACAACAGCCCUUCUCUUACCCGGUAGCUCUCUCCCGACAAAGCUGGAGGUACAUCUGUGGAGGAGGAGCGAUUUCUCCUUCUGCAAAAGGCAAGUCCCUUAGGGUAGCUAGCUCAGCAGGCUCCUCUGUCUCUUCUCCAGGAGCCCCUGCUCGGCUCUGGGACCGGGUGACCACCACAUUAACUGCUCCGUCCAGCCCCCACUUCACAGCGUGUGUUUCCAGGGACCAGGCCACCUUCCGCUGCUGGUGGAGCGAGGGCAGCUUCCACAACCUCUCCCAGCCUGGGGCCCUCAGGGUCUUCUACCGCUACAAGAAAAAUUCUCCUUGGAAAGAGUGUCCGGAGUACAUCCACUCCAACAAGGAAUGCUUCUUCGACAGCAACCACACCACCAUCUGGACCUCAUGCUGCGUCCAGCUGCGUUCCCACGACAACGUCACUUACUUCAACACGGAGCACUGCUUCUCCGUGGAGAACAUCGUCCGUCCCGAUCCCCCGGUGGCGGUGAACUGGACCCUGCUGGGCGUGAGUCCGUACGGGCUGCACUAUGACGUCAUCGUCACCUGGGACCCCCCGGCCUCUGCAGACGUGAGCAUGGGCUGGAUGAGUCUGGCCUACGAGGUCCAGUACAGGAGGUGGAACAGCAGCGAGUGGACCGUGGUGGAGGUGCAGGGGGGCACUCAGCAGACCCUCUACGGCCUGAACGUUGAGGAGGAGUACGAGGUGCAUAUCCGCAGCAGGAUGAAGGCCUUCACCAAGUUCGGCGGCUACAGCGACUCCAUCUUCAUCCAGCUCGCAAACUAUCCUGGCAGAGAGAGCAUCUUUCCUGUUGCGCUGGUGCUGGGGAUCCUGGCAGUGGUCAUCCUCCUCAUGCUGCUUCUCUUUUCUCAACAACAAAGAUUAAUUUUGCUGCUGUUACCCCCCGUGCCCACACCUAAGAUUAAAGGGAUAGAUUCAGAAAUGCUCAAGAAGGGGAAGUUCGAGGAGCUGAACUUCAUCCUGAGCGGCGGGGGCAUGGGCAGCUCCUGCACCCCCCUCUUCUACCAGGACGAGCCCCUGGUGGACUGCAUCGAGUUGGACCCCCUGGACCCCGCCGACGCUGGUGACAAGGGUGGCCAGAGCUCGGAAGCCCAGCGGCUCAUUGGGGGCCGUCAAGCGUCGGGCCGGCCCACAGUCGGGGGCCUCAGCCACACCCUCAGCUUCUGUGAUGAGGAUGACGACAGCGUGGUGGGCGACCCCCCCGACCAGGAUGCUCUCUUGGCGCUGCUGACCACCCCCAGCCCCAGCCCCACCUCAGCCCUGCUGCUGCCCGGCCAGCCUGAGCUGAAGCAAGGGUUCCCGGGGGGCAGGGAUCCAGACCCGAGCCUGGCCCACGAUGGAGCCCCGCGGCCCCAGGCCUGGCUCAACACCGACUUCUACGCCCAGGUCAGCGACGUGAUGCCCUCCGGGGGCGUGGUCCUGUCUCCCGGCCAGCAGCUGAGAGCCCAGGAGUCCACCGCCGCACGGGAGGGGCAGAAGGAGAAGGAGGAGGAGGAGGCAAAGAAGAAGAAGUUGGGAGCGCAGAUCGAAGGCGAGGGGAAAGAUCCAGUGGGAGACGAGGAGCCAGAGCAGCAGUUCCAGCUGGUGGUGAUGGCGGCGGAUCCCGUCGGCGACGGUUACACCACAGACGCCAUGAACUGGCAGACGGGCGUCGUCAACGGCUACCACACUCUCCCCGCCGAGAGCGCGGGAGACGUCAUUGCGCCCAGUGUGGCCGUGAAGUCGGCGGAGGACUACCAGCCCUCCUACAUCCUCCCCGACGCCUCCCCCCCCCCAGCCCGCUAUCUCCCGCCGGUCUCGGACUACACCAUAGUGCAGGAGGUGGACUACCAGCACAGCUUGAUCCUCAACCCACCACCCCCCCAGGCCCCUGCACAUCAGUGCCUACCCCAGCACCCAGUCAAACCCCUGACCCCCAUGCCGGUGGGGUACAUCACCCCGGACCUGCUGGGAAGCAUUACACCCUGACGAGAUGAUUGAUUGAUCCCUUAAAGCGCAACACCCCGCCUGGAAUAAUCCUCUUGUCACUAAGAUACACACACACACACGCACACACGCACACACAAACAAACAGACAAACAUAGACACACACACACACACACAAACACACGCACAAACCCACACACACACACACACACACACACACACACACACACACACACACACACACACACACACACACACACACACACACACACACACACACACACACACACACACACACACGCAUACGCAUACGCACACAUACAACCUGCUUCCGCCUAUCUCCUGCUGGAAUCCAAAUGACUCAAUGUAUAGAUUGAGCUAUGAUGCAGUUGUUUGUGUUCAAUGUGUUGUUUGAGGUUUCUCAAAGGGAAGCUUGGAAAGCUGCGAAUAACAGUGCAAGGGUCAAGGUUCGAUGUGCAGAGCAUUGUUUUUUUGGGGAAAAGACUAUUGUUUUUCACCCUAUAUUUGCAUCACAGACUCCUGGACAUAUAAUGUCUCUAUUCAACACUAGGUUUUCUGCCGCAAAACAGGAAAGUUGUGUUGUUGGAGGAAUGAGGAUAAUUUGGAUCCUUUUUGUCUUUGAAUUGCCAGAUCAUUCGCAUGAAUGGAAAAUGAUAAGCUAAGCAGAAUUUUUAAUAACAAGGCAAGUUUGUUAACGCAUAGAAAAAGAAUGCAGAAUCAUUUAAAACGGAAAUAAUAUAUUUCUCAAAACAAAAGUACCUUGCUUACUUAAAGGUUGUUGGCCAUGAAGCUGUGGUCAUAGUAGAGAGGAAGCUAUUCAAUGUGAGAUUUAAAAGAAAAGAUCCCCUUUGUGGUUAAUAGAUAAAAAGAUGAGUAGCUGAUAUGAUGACGGUCGAAAGCAGCCAAUGUGUUUGGCUGACAAUAUUUCGCCGGAAUUUAUCCUCUGUUCUAAAGCUGCAGCAAAUAACAUUUUAGCUCUUAUUCUUAUUCAGCAAAUGAAAGGAAAAUUCACCAGAUUUUUGCUUCGUGAAUAUUGUUCUAUCUUUGUUUAUGUGUUUGUUAGCAUAAGCAUAACUGAUGAGGGACAGAAAUUUAGACAUACAUAUAUUUUUUCUAUAAAGUUUUAUCUUGUGAUGUGUUUUUCUUGUCACUAGAAACUGCAAUGUAUUGGUCUGCAUUUAUGCUGUUGCAGCUUCAGAAAGCUGAGCGACAUCAUCCUUGGGCCCUGUUGCUGUCUGCAUGGGUCUUGGGCUUUCCCCCUCUGCCCCCAAAUACAAUACACAAACUGAGGCUUAUUAGAGGCUUUCUAUGGUUGAAAUGGUAUGAAUCGACAGAGAGAGUGAGAGACGAUGGAUGGAUGAUUGUUACAUUGACAGUUGAUGGAUGGAUGGAUGGAUGGAUGGAUGGAUGGAUGGAUGGAUGGA